AUGAAAUCGAACGGUGUCUGCUGCGCCGAGAAUACUGGCACUUCAACUAUUGAUGAGGCACUGGAAACAAUCCGAAGCGGUGGGUUUGUAAUUGUUAUGGACAAUGAGGAUCGCGAGAAUGAGGGUGAUCUCAUUGCUGCUGCCGAGUACGCGACCGAGGAGCGCGUCGCUUUUAUGUUGCGCCACUCGACGGGCAUCGUGUGCGUUCCUGCACUCAGAGAUCGCAUCAAUGAGUUGCAAUUACCUUUAAUGGUGGAAAACAAUACUGAAGUACACAAGUGCAAAUUCACAGUGACUGUAGAUUUAAAGGAGGGCAACUCAACGGGCGUCUCAGCGGCGGAUAGAGCGCGGACAAUUCGUGCAUUAGCUGAUCCAGACGUGGGACCCACGGCGUUCAACCGUCCUGGUCACAUAUUUCCACUGCUGGCUCAAAACGGAGGCGUUUUGUUGCGGGCUGGUCACACAGAGGCGGCUACGGACCUCGCGCGCUUGGCUGGCGUCAAGCCUGUAGGUUAUAUUUGUGAAAUGACCGACGAAAAUGGACGAAUGUUGCGUCGCCCUCAAUUACAAGAGUUUUCUCAGAAGUUUGAAGUGCCACUUAUCACAAUUUCAGAUCUGAUUCGCUAUCGCUGCCGGACUGAAAAACUUGUGCAGCGUACAAAAGUGCAGUCAAAGGUAGUAACUCCACUUGGUGAGUUUUUUUCUAUGGAAUACAUAUCCCUUAUCCAGCCAGAUCAGAUGUAUCAUGCACUUGUAUACGGUGAGGUGGAUGGCAAGAAAUGUGUGCCCGUCUUUCUUGUGGAAGAUGGCUUUGAAGCAAGCUUACAGGCGUCAUGGGCACAGAAAUGUAUCGCUUCUCAUGAUUUUGGUGUCUUGAUUUAUAUUCAAGGCUCGACUAAACUCUUGCAGAUAAGUGGUGAACUCAUGGCCCGUCAGAGCAUUUUUGGCAUGGCAAUGCAAAUUCUUCGCGACCUUAACGUGGAAUCAGUACAACUACUUAUAUCUAAAGAUGUGAAUUCUGAUCCACACGGCUUUGGGGUUGAAAUCUCAGGCAUUGAACGCUUGAAAAUGUCAGCAUAA